AUGACAAAAGAGAGAGAUAAAGAGAGUUCUUGGAGUCGGAGUCUUAGGAGAGUAAUAAAAGAAAAGAAUCACACUGCUCAAAAGCAACGGGUAAGAAAGAGCUUCACCCAGCCAACACGGUGCACCUCGCUGAACCCGCGUGGCAAAACGGUGUUCCUCGAGGAAGAUCCGAAGUGGUUCCAGACGGUUCUCAAGGACUCGCCGUACCUGAAGGCUCACACGGUCAAGUACCAAACCCAGCUCUCCCAGGCCGACCAUCUCCUCUCCUCGUACCGCUCCGAACGCCUCUGCUCGCCGUCCGAUGCGUACCUACGUGGCAACACGCGGUGUCGUUUGGCGCUCGAGAAUCUUCCCAAUGAGGUGUACGAGACGGAGUGGGAUUUGAUAAUGAUCGACGCGCCGAGAGGGUACUUCGCCGAAGCGCCAGGUAGGAUGGGUGCGAUUUUCUCGGCGGCGAUCAUGGCGAGGAACAGGAAGGGAUCCGGUGUGACGCACGUGUUCUUGCACGAUGUUGAUCGGAGAGUAGAGAAGGCUUUUGCUGAAGAGUUUCUUUGUAGGAAGUACUUGGUUAAGGCUGUCGGGAGGCUCUGGCAUUUUGAGAUUCCGUCUGCGGCUAAUAACGCUAGUGUUGCUGGGAGUAACUCAGUUACUUUUUGCUGAGUUUAAUUUUUGGAAGACCUCUUUGGUCCACCCGAUCUGGAAGUUGACGAUGGUGCAGAUGAUGGGAGGUUGGGAUUGAGAGCGGUUGGUGGUGAUAUAGGCUUGGAGUUCAAGGGCAGAUUGCUGGCGGGUCGGAUUAGAUCUAGGGCGCAUAGGAGGACCUAAGAUGAGUGGGUUUUGAGAGAAGGAAGAGGAAAUAUAAGUGGUGGUGGUGCCGAAGAUGGAGGGAAUGACGAGGGUAGUGUGGAAAUUACGGGAGGAAAGGUGGGUGCAAAGCUCCAUGCAAGGGUGAAGGAUUGAAUACAUGUUUGAAUAACCAAUGGACAAGAGAAUAGCAAUACUGUUGGUUUGUGUUUUGUUCUAAAAGAAGUUCUUAAGCAAAAAAAAAAAACCCUAACUU